AUGAGCUGGGCUGUGGAAGAGUGGAAAGAGGGUCUUUCCACUAGAGUCCUUCAGAAGAUUCAAGAACUUGAAAGUCAAGUUGAGAAAUUUAAAAAGGAACGUCAGCAAAGGCAAUUUCAACUGGAAUCUCUGGAGGCAGCUUUGGAGAAACAGAAGCAGAAGGUUGAAAAGGAAAAAAAUGAGGGAGCAGCCUUGAAGAGAGAAAACCAGAACUUGAUGGAACUCUGCGAUAACCUAGAAAAAAACAGGCAGAAACUUUUUCAUGAACUUCAGGUGAAAGAAUCACAAAUUAAUUUUCAAGAAGGACAGCUUAUUUCAAGCAAGAAACAAGUUGAAAGGCUAGAGCAAGACCUUAAAAGGUACAAAUCUGAACUGGAAAGACAACCAAAGACCUUUGGCAGUGGAGAUACAUCUUUUGAUAACACACCACAAAGAAGCCACACUGGUUCUCCAACACCAAUCUACAAUGAUUCAAAAAUCAAAGAACUUCAAAGAAAAUCCUGCAAAGAAAUCGAAGAAAGAAAACACCUAGAAGCAGAACCAAAGAGCAUGAAGUCUCAAAAAAUUAAUCCCAUGCAUUCAGAACGUAAUAUAAGUUGCAGAGAAAUUGCCCGGCACCAAGCUUCCUCAUCUGUAUUCUCAUGGCAACAAGAGCAAACUCCAAGCUGUCCUUUAUCCAGCCAUCGAGAAACUCCUCAUAGCAAUGGGUCAACCAAGCCACAAUUUCCUUGGGAAUCUGCGGCAACUCCUAGUCACAAUAGUAUAAAAUUAGCCAAGAAAGAAUUCAUCAGUUGCAGUGUCUCCAACAGCAGCCAGGGCUCUUCAAUCACUGAUCAACUGAAAACACAGAACCAAGAAUUAAGAUCCAGAAUUCAGGAACUGGAAAAUAGGUUGCAAAUUCAGGCACAAGAUAUUAAAUCCAACCUAAUGAAGCUUCAGGAUACUCAGCUGCAAGUGGAAAACAUAAAAAUGGAAUUAACUGAAAAAGAGAAAACUCUGAACAAGGCUAGAAAUGAAGUAACUAAAAUUACAAUACAACUGGAUCAAACAGCUGCUCAGCUUUCAGCGAAAGAGGAAAAAUUCAGGAAACUCUCAAAUGAGCUGAACUGUCAGAAGCAAAAUUUUGAAAGUGUGCAGUGUUCUUUACAACAGAAGAUUAAAGACAAAGACAAAGAAUACCAAGAGAUUCUCACAACAAAACAGCAGUUAGAAAGAAAUGCCAAGGACUGUGCACAGAAAUUGAAUCAACUUGAACAGGCUAUGCAAACAAUGCAGUUGAAGGAAAAUGAAUGGAAAGAAAACUAUGAGGAAGUUAAGAAGCAAAAUAGCCUUCUCAGCUGCCAGUCUGCUGAACAACUGCAAGAAAAUUCUCAGCUAAAAGAGGAACUCUGCAGUACGAAACUCUUCCUACAGCAGAGUCAGCAUUUUGCUGAAGACCUGAAAAAUAAAAAUUGUUCACUGGAAAAAGAAUUAAAAUUGCUUGAAGAAAACCUGAACAAGCAAGAUAAUUCUGUCACUUUAGAAAAAACGAGACUUGCUGUUUCUGAUGUUGAACAUGAACAAGAUUCUCUCCAGCAAAUUCUGAAGGACAAAGAAAAUAUAAUUGAAGAGCUCAGUGUGAACCUGGAAAACAUGGAAACUCUGCAGAAAACUAGUGUAGAAUGUGAAGGCCUUAAAAAAGAGUUCGUGAUUCUUUCCCAGGGGAAAAGGAAAAGCAAAGAACUCUUGAAUGAGCUAGAUUUAGGAAAAGAAGAGUUAAUGAGCAAAAUACGUAGUUUGGAAAGUGCUUUAAUGGCUGAACAACUUAAACAUCAGGAGAAGGGAACUGCUAUCAAAGAUGAACAUGAACGAUUUAGUGAACAGCUGACCAUUUUUGAGCAGGUGGUGAAAGAAAAAACAACUGAACUAGAGGCACAAAGAAAAGCCUAUAGUGAUCUCCAGCAAAAAACAGCAAUGUCUGAGGAAAAACUUCAGAAAGAGAGAGAAAACAAUUCAGUGAAAUUAUCUGAGUUCACCAAAGAGGUAGACAUCUUACAGAAAAGGCUGCAAUCUGCAGCAAAGGAAGCAUUAGAAAAGGGGAAGUAUAUUGCCUCCCUUGAAGCAUCAUUAGCUUCUCACACACAGUUAAAUGCAUUCCUUCAGAAACAGGUUGAAGAGCUGGCCCAAACCAGAGAUGAAAUGGAAAGAUUAGCUGGAACAGCAGAGCCAAGUCAUCAAAUCUUUAUUCAGGAGAUGGAGCAGCAGAUCAGUGAAUUACAAGAAGCUGCUUUCCAGAAGGAAGGCUUGCUUUCCAAAGCAUUAUUGGCUCUUGAAGGAAAAAACAAGAAUCUACAAAAGUUGAUUGAGGAAUCAGAUAGGCAACAAGCAGAGAUUCAAGAUUUAAAAGAGAGCAAUGCGCUUCUUAAGGAUUUGGUCCAGCAACUAAAAGUUAUGGGCAAAAAGGAACCAGAUGUAUCUACAGAAAUAUCCUUAGAACAAGGUGAAACUGAGGAACUUCAGGAUGAAAGUUCCAGGCGUAAGAAUACGAUCAAUAUUUUGGAAGAAGAAAUCUUAGACAUAAAGCAAGAAAACCAGUAUCCUUCCAAAAGUUUCAGAGAAAGGAAGGAAAGCGUUUUGGAACUGUCACAAGGAAAGCAAGAGAAGAGCUUGUUACUGCCAGAAGCUGAUGAAGAAGCAGAAAGAAAAUGGACAUUAGUUGAACCAAAGGAAGAUUAUUUAGAAAGUGCUCUAAGGAAUCAAAAGGUACAAAAAGCCAGAUUCGAUACCCGAGAGAAACAGCUUGUGAACAAAUGGGAGCGGUUGCCGAAUAAGCUGAUCUCUUUAGAGAAGAAAAAGAAUACUUUGUUUUGGCAACUUGAAAAAAACCACUCAAUAUCCAAAGAAGCUACAAGUUUAAGACAGGAGGGGACAGGACAGAAUAACAGGCACUCUUCUGUAAACAUCUUGUUACAAAAACUGAUCUCUGAAAUGAAAAUAAGUGAGCAUGCAGUGCUUGACUUUAUUUUAGAUGGGACAACAUUGGAACAGCUGAGGAUAUUUGUGGAAGAAAGAGAGGAUGAACUUAAUAAGUAUCAAGUGCAGCUUGAGUUGCUUCGGAUGGAUCUUGAGGACAGAGAAAUUUCUAUAGAAAUCUAUGCUGAUCAGGUAAAGCACUUGGAGAUGAUAUUGAGAACUAUGGAGAUAAAAAUGGAAGAAAGUGAAAUGGAAAAAGAGCAAUUGCUGCAUAAAUUACAAGCAUGUAAAGAUUUGCAAAAUUCAGCCUUAAAGAUGACAGAGAUAAGUGGAAGUGACCAAUCACGAAUGUGUUUCAGUGCUGUUAUCAAGGACAAUUUUAACCUACAGAAAGAUGCCAAGUGUUCAUCAGUUCCUCAUGAUCUGAUGCCCAGCCAAAAUGAUUAUCUCCAAUUAGUAUCCUCCCUACACAUGACAAUGAGCAAGCUAAAUGAAUUGGAGAAAAUGUGUGAACACCUGCAGAAAGAAGAGUCAACAUUAGCAUCACAGCUGAAAGACUCACAGUUGGAAUGCAUCAUAAGCACAGAUACCAUGACAAAAGAAUUAAUGGAAAAAAUGAAUAGGCUAAAAGUAGAGACCAUUUCUGUUUCUAAUAAAUUAAUAGAUGAGAGUAAAAUGGAAGCACAAUCUGAUAUGGAGGAAGUGCCCUUAAUAACUCCAGAAGAUUAUGAGGGAUUUGAUUAUGAACAUUUGAAAUUAAUUAACAAAGAAAUCAAAACACAGUUGAAUGGAAUCAAGGAAAAGGUCUUUUCUUUGAAAAAUGAAUAUGAAAUUUUAGAUAUUCAGAACCUGAAUAUGGUAUUUGAAUUGUCAGAGUUAGAAUCCUGCAAUGAGAUGCUUAAAGAAAAAAAUACCACAUUGCCAAUAAAUCUCAACAAAGCCGAGGUUUCUUUUCAGAUACAGACGACACCAAGUUCAGUCAAUAAAGAAUUUAAAGCACAUGGAAAAUUCUGUAUGGAGAGUCUGUGUGGUACUGAAAUCUUCCCCUGUACAAAAGUAAUGCUUAUGGAGCCUGAUUUGGACAAUGAUGUGUCAUCAACUGAAAUGGGAGGACCACAUCAAAACAAACAAAUUGAUCUGGAAGAAACACCUGAACAAUGUAAUAUUGCUGGCAAAUUAUAUAGCAGUGAUGCCUGGGCGCCUCUCACUAAACAGGUGACCAUCUUAUCCAGAAGACAUCUUAAAAAUGGAGUCAAACAUUUUCAAUGCGAAUGUUGUGAAAACUCCUUUAAGAUGCUUAAGGAAUCAUUUAGAUCUCAUAAGAUUCUGGAAGGUGAGGAAAUAGAAAAGAUUCAAGAGCUGCUCCUUUCUGCAAAGAAGGAAGUAGAUGGCCUUCAAAAGCAAAAUAUAUUUGGCAAUGAGCACUGGCAACAAAAGCUUCAUAAAGUGAUCCUGCAAGUGGCAUCUGAACUGCCAGCUGAGAAGAAACUUCCUCAGAAACAAGGAGAACUGCAAAACCUUGACUUAAGUUCUCAUCCAAUAAUUUGUGCUGACACUGACCAGGCAAAAUUGCUUCAGGCUGCUCAGGCUGCAGAGGAUCAGUUAUCAAUUGAAAAUGUGUGCUAUAUGUUGCAGUUCCAGAAUCUGGACAGAGUUAUGGGGGAUCUCGUGUCGGAAAAAGAGGCAGCAGAAAAUCAAAUGAAAUAUCUAACUGAGGCAAGAGAAGUGAGCCUUAGAGAAUAUGAACACUUACACAGCAGGCUAAACAUCUCUGAAGCCGAAAAUGCCAAGAUAUCCAAGUCCUUGGAAGGUUCACUAGCAGAAAAAGCUGAACUUGCAGCACGGCUAACUUCUGCACAGGAAGAGGCAGAUCAGUUGCGACAGGGCAUUGAGAAGCUGAAAAUAAAGAUAGAAUCUGAUGAAAGGAGCAGGCAUCAUCUGGCUGAAAAGCUGAAAGAAAACAGACGAAAAGCUGACACUCUCACAGACAAAUCUGAGUUUCUGGAAAGAGAACUGCAUAUGUCAGAGGAGAGUUUGGAAGAUGCAAUUCUUAGAAUGGAGACAGCUGAAGCAGAGACAGAAAUGAUGAAGACUGAGAUAGAACGGAUGUGUGUAAGCCAACAACAUUUAGAAGGUGAAGCCAAAGUCUUCAGGUUAGAGAAAGAGGCUCUAGAGAAAGAGCUGAAAGAAAAACAAGACAAAGUAACUAGUUUAGAAGUUACUAAUUCUACAUUGGUAAACCUACUAAAAGAAAAUAAAAAAGAGAAGGUGCAAAGUAGAGGUGAAUGUGAAAAUGCAGUAAGAUUGAUGGAAUCACAGCUAAAAACGGUCUGUGAAGAAAUUAAACUCCUUUAUUCUGAGAAAGAAACUUUCAAGUCAAAAGAACAGGAUCUCAUUCGUGAAAUUGCUUCUCUCAAACUUGACAAUAUGCAGUUGGUUGGUUGCCUGGAAGAAGCAAAAUCCAGUAACUCUAAAGAACAGCAGUUGGUGGAAGCUUUCAUUCAGGAAUUACAAAGUUUCAAGCAAAAACUGAAUGAAAAUGAUUGUAUUCUUGAGCCAUUACUCAAAAAUGAAGCUUUGCAAGCUAUCCAAGAUGACCUACAGGUGCCUUUCAAACAAACUGAAGAAAAGUUAGAAGUCACACCAUGUGAAAAAUACAUCUUCCUUGGAAAGGUAAACAGCCUAAAUCAAAUGUUGCAGCUCAAGGAAGAGUACGAUUCUUUCUGUCAUUCACUUCUAUUGUGGCUGAAUUAUAGAAUGCUAAAGCAGGAAAAAGCAGUAAUGGAGAAGCAAAUUCAUGAACUUGAAACUCAGCUGAAGAUGACAGCUCCAUGUUUUCAGGUGGAUGUUGGUGCAGAAGAAAUCAGAUUGGAGCUGGAAGAACUGAAGGAAUCAGUUGAGAAAACUAAAGAGGCACAUCACAACUUGGAAAAGCAUUGUACGCUGAUAAUGAAUCACGAUAAACUAGAAGAAGAAAAUGAGAUGCUAAGGACACAGGUCUCUCUUUUAAACACUUGUCUCAAGCAGUUAUUAAAUGACACCAGUUCCUCUCUCCGAAGUUCUCAAAGCCCAGUGGAAAUUAAUAGUGGGCUGCUUAACGAAAAAGCAAUUGUGCCUAAGAUCAUCAAGAAGGGAGAAAAGGGUGAAGAAAACAGAAGCAAUGAAUAUGGCUGUCCUUGCAUUUCUCCCCAAACAUCCUUAGAGCCAAGAAUGGAUUCCCAUCUUUUCAGUCCUAGCUUGAAGUCACCAACAUUUAUUGACAAGUCACAAAUACCAGAGAAGAGUUGUUUCUUUGAGAACCUUAAAACAACAGCAGAGGGCAGCAGACUACAAAAGAUGAACUUUGCAACUGAUCCAGUUGGUAGUUCAAGCCAGGAUUUUACUCCCAGAUCUCCCCUUUCUUCCUGUAACCUGUCAUCCCAAGAGGUUGCCAGAAGAUCUGCUGACCAUCUUGAUAUGAGAUACUCUCCAAGGACAGAAGAAAAUGAGCUGGACAAAGCCUGCCAUGUACAGUGAAUCAGGAGCUGGUUUUAGAUUUGAAAUCCCAGCAGCAAAGAAUUAUUCAG